CGAUAAUUAGUGUUCAUACUCCAAAACUCAAACGACAAUGGAGAUCUUUUCUUCUUCAUCUUCCUCUUAGGAUCAGGUCCCACUCCCAUUCUUAUUUAUAUAUCAAAUGCAAUUCUUCACCUGUAAUUGCAUUUUCGUUUCUCCAAUCCUCUGUUUUCUUCUGUUCUGUUCUGUUCUACUACCCCAAUCAACCCACCCAGUACUAGAGCUAAUCCACCAUUUUUCUUUCCUUUUCAUUCCAUUGCAUGAUGGGUUUCGCUUUAAUCAAAUUUCACACAACCUUUCAUCAUUCUGAUUCAUAAACCUUUCUGGAGGAAGCCUAUUUUUGAAUAGGAACUGAGAUUAAAGUAAGCUGUUCUUUGUAAAUUUUUGGUUGACGGAAUGGCUUCAAACUCCACGGCAGUGACCUCAUGUCCGACUCCUAUGAAAGCAACGUCAAAUGGCAUUUUCCAAGGCGAUAAUCCUCUUGAUUUCGCUCUCCCUCUUAUCAUUCUGCAGAUUUGUUUGGUAGUUGCACUUACUCGUGGGCUUGCUUUUCUUCUGAGGCCGUUAAAACAGCCGCGAGUGAUUGGAGAAAUUAUUGGAGGAAUACUUCUAGGUCCAUCAGCUCUUGGACGUAACAAGAACUUUCUUCAUACGAUAUUUCCAUCCAAUAGUAUCACAUUGUUAGAUACCGUAGCAAACAUUGGAUUGUUAUUCUUUCUCUUUCUUGUGGGUCUUGAGUUAGAUCUAAAGUCAAUACGUCGUACGGGAAAGAAGGCCCUUGGCAUCGCUAUAACUGGAAUUUGUGUUCCCUUUGCAUUAGGAAUUGGAUCGUCAUUUGUCCUCCGAGAAACCAUAUCCAAAGGUGUAAAUGCUUCUGCGUUUCUCAUAUUCAUGGGUGUUGCACUUUCAAUAACAGCCUUUCCUGUCUUGGCUCGUAUUCUUGCUGAGCUUAAACUACUGACGACUGAUGUUGGCAGGAUGGCUAUGUCUGCUGCAGCAGUAAAUGACGUAGCUGCCUGGAUCCUCCUUGCUCUUGCAAUUGCGUUAUCGGGUUCUGAUAAAUCUCCCCUAACUGCAGUUUGGGUCCUUUUAUCUGGCUGUGGCUUUGUUGUGGCUGCUAUUGUCAUUUUAUCCCCUGUUUUCAAAUGGAUGACCAAACAAUGUUUUCAAGGGGAGCCUGUACGGGAAAUCUACAUAUGUGCCACAUUAGCUAUCGUCCUAGCUGCUGGAUUUGCCACGGAUUUUAUUGGGAUACAUGCUAUGUUUGGAGCUUUUGUUGUUGGAGUAUUAGUUCCAAAGGAUGGACCAUUAAUAGGUGCUUUGGUAGAAAAAAUAGAGGAUCUUGUUUCUGGUCUAUUUCUGCCUCUUUACUUCGUCUCAAGUGGAUUGAAGACUAAUGUAGCCACAAUUCAAGGAGCACAAUCAUGGGGUCUUCUAGUUUUAGUUAUAGUUACCGCCUGUUCUGGAAAAAUCCUUGGCACUUUUCUGGUGUCCCUUCUUUGUAAAGUACCUGUACGUGAGGCUCUCGCAUUAGGAUUUCUAAUGAACACCAAAGGUUUGGUGGAGCUUAUUGUUCUCAAUAUUGGUAAAGAUAGAAAGGUUUUGAAUGAUCAGACCUUUGCAAUAAUGAUUCUAAUGGCUCUUUUUACUACUUUCAUUACCACUCCCCUUGUCAUUGCUGUAUACAAGCCGGCAAGGAGUGCCAAAAUAGCAGACUACAAACAUAGGAAAAUCGAAAGAAAAAACAAAAAUACACAGCUUCGGAUGUUGACUUGUUUCCACAGUGCAGGAAAUGUUCCGUCGAUUAUAAAUCUGCUUGAGGCCUCGAGAGGAACUGGGAAGGGAGAAGAACUUUGUGUAUAUGCAAUGCAUCUCAUGGAGCUGUCUGAGAGGUCCUCAGCCAUUUUAAUGGUACAUAAGGCCAGGAAAAAUGGUUUGCCUUUCUGGAAUAAGGGACAGAGGUCGGAUUCCAACCAUGUUAUUGUCGCGUUUGAAGCUUACCAACAACUGAGCAGAGUAUUCAUCCGACCAAUGACGGCGAUUUCUUCCAUGUCUGAUAUACAUGAAGACAUUUGCGCCACCGCUGAGAGGAAAAGAACUGCAAUCAUAAUUCUUCCAUUCCACAAGCACCAGAGGGUGGAUGGUUCACUGGAGACUACUCGAAGCAGCAUCCGUGUUGUUAAUCAGAAUGUUCUCGAGCAUGCUCAAUGUUCGGUUGGAAUUUUUGUUGAUCGUGGGUUAGGUGGUACAGCCCAUGUUUCGUCGAGCAAUGUUUCACUUUUCAUCACUGUUCUGUUCUUUGGUGGUGGAGAUGAUCGCGAAGCACUUUCUUUUGGAGUUCGUAUGGCCGAGCACCCUGGCAUUAGGUUGAUGGUUAUUCAUUUCUUUGUUGAACCCGAGCCUGUUGGGGAGAUAAUCAGUGCUGAUACUGUUGGGAUUUCUUUGGCGAAGCCAGUUUCUCAGGAUGAUGAAUUUCUGUCCGAGUUCAGGUACAAUGCAAGCAAGAAUGAUUCCAUCACAUAUGUAGAGAAAACUAUCAAAACUGCUGCCGAAGUAAUGGGUAUAGUACAAGAGCUGAAACACUGCAAUCUGUAUCUCGUUGGUCGAUCACCAGGUCUCAAUUCAAGUUUUGCCUUAAACAGAAACGACUGUCCGGAGCUUGGUCCAAUUGGGAACCUGCUGACUUCACCAAACUUCCCGAUUACAGCGUCGGUUUUGGUGGUACAGCAAUAUCGUUCCCAGUUACCUGUGAAUUCAGCUUCAGAUUCUGUUGAUGGAGAAUCAGAAUCAGCAUAAGCAGUGUGUUGACUUAAGGAGAGAAUAAAAACUAGACAGUUUACAUUCUUUAGUUGCACAUAGGAGAGAGGAGCAUCAUUAUUAUGAAUCAUAGUAAAUGUCUAUUUCUUUUUGUAGUUUAAUUAAGUCUCAAAUAUGAUUAGUGUUACUUAAAGCUCCAAAUAACAUAUUAACCUAUCUUUAAUAUAGUAAUAUUGUCUAAUUGAUUCUCUAAA